UCUUUUUCCUUUGUUUUUUGUUCUUUGUUUACUUUGGCACUCCGAUAAACAAAAAGGGGGAGAGAUAUUUAUUUUGGUUUGUAGCCCAACUCUGGACCCUCUUUUUCAGGGGGAGUUGUGGUUUGUUAGUACUUGUGUUCUUAAUGUUUAAAGUUAGCAUGUUCUUUGUUUUUAUUGUGAUAUUCGAUUGUGUUACUCAGGGGGAGUAGUAUCUCUUGCUCUUGCUAACUUUGCAUUGCAGGUACUUUAUGGUAAAAAAUUAUUUUGUUCAUCUAAAGUGCCAAAGGGGGAGAUUGUAAAGUCCUUUUUUGGCAAGUUAGGUGACAAAAUAAUUUUUUCUUUUUAUGGUAAGAUUGCUAUGCAUUCAUUUUCGAAAUCUUACCUCUUUUAUUCGGUUAUUAGUUGCCAUUUUCCUUGUUUGGAAAGUUGCACUUUCUGCUGAACUUUCCUUUGUUGAAAACUACUCAAAAGAGAAGGAAUUCUCUUUUGGAAAGUUGUCUUUUUUAGGGAAACUUUGUUUAUUGCCUUUUCCUUAUUGAUUUCGAUUGUAUCUUGAUACAAUCAGAAUAUCUAAUCUGUUUUUGGCAAGAAUCAAGCAUUGAAAGAAGAUCGGUCCCGAUUUUAGUAAGUUUCCCGUUUCUGGGCAGAUCUGCUUCGUCAGCAACCGAAUCUGAUGUAGCAGAUCGUGUUUCUUUUGGAAAGUUUUUGUUCAGCUGCUAAUUCGAACUUGUGGUUGCCUCUUUGGUUUCUAUGAUCUAUAAAUAGAGCCUAGAGAGCAACCAUUCGAAUUUACCUCUUCCAUUAUUCAUUUUUUUACAUUUAUCUUUUGUGAGAAGAGAGUGUUUCUUUGUUUUGUGAGAGCCUAGUUGUUCACCUAGGUUCUAGUUGUUCUAUUUCUGUUCUUACUCUAUCCUAGAGGUUGUGAAGAACUACUUGACUGAACAAGAGAUUGGUCUUCGGGAGAAGACUUGAUAAAGCCUUACUUCGGGAGGAAGUAAGCACUUGGUCUUCGGGAGAAGACUUGCUAAAGCCUUACUUCGGGAGGAAGUAAGCACUCACACUUCAAAGACGAAGGGAGUUCGGGCUUGAAGGUGUUUCAAGAAGUCAGAUUCAUAAAGUGGAUUACAAAGGAUUGCGGCAAUACUUUAGAGGGAGUCUAAACUUGUUUAAGUCAAUUGUCUUUGUAAUUUUGAUACUUUAUUAAUUGAUUUCAUUCUCUGGGCGUGGCCCCGUGGACUAGGAGUGUUCGUGAGAACACUGAUACCACGUAUAAAUCUCUUGUGUCAAGUUAUUUAUUUUUCUGCAAAUAUUUUAUAUUCUGCCUGUUUAGUUUUGCUGUAGCAGAAUUACCUUCUGCUGCUGCAAACGCUUACCGUUUUUAUAUUUUCUUAUAUACAACUGACAUUUGUAAAAACACAGUUUUUCAGAAGGCUUCCUGCAAGUGCUCUUGGAUUGUGAUUUAACUAAUAUGGACCUGUUGGACCAUCCAUUCACUUGGGAAAAGAAUCAUGGUUGUGACAAUCGGUUGCACCAAUACUAAAUUGUGGAGGUUAAAUUUGAUUGUUAAACUGUGAUUGGUUACCCAUAUGAAGAUGUUUGGAUUGAUAUCUCUGUUGCUGCAGAGCACGAUUUACAAGCUUAGGACAUUUAUAUUUUCAAUGAUAUUUCGUUUGCAAAAGCUACACUCAUCAAUACCAAUCUUUGUGCGAGAUUUGUUCUCUUAUGGAGGAAACAGUGUAGUAGGAGAGACUGUCAAAAUAGAAGAAUUGGGUGUCGAGAGAAUGUCUUUCCCUAACUGAGACUUGAGACGAAUUUCUUCUGUUAUCAAUUCACUAACUAUUGAACCAAUCGAAGGAAGCGGAGAACGAUGCAAUAUAGAACCACAAUGUCCCUCAAAAUCACUACGAAGAGCCAUUAAAAACUGAACCAAUCAUUGUUUCUCUCUACGAACAAUAUAUGGUGCAAAAGCAUGUAGCUCUUCUAAUUCGAUGAGUGUUAAUUAAUCCCAGAGAUCUGUCAUUAUAGAAUAAAAUUCUUGAAUGCUCAUAUCGUUUUGUUCAAUAGUUGUAAUAUUAGUUUUCAUCUAACACUAUUUUGCAAGAUGGUCCUAAACUUCUUUUGCUAUCCUGUCCUUUGCUAAUUGGGUGUCAAUAGAUUUUUCAACAGAGCUAUUUUAAUACGAAUAAUUUUUUCCUAUCCACAUAUUUUUUCUUACUUAAAUUUUUUUUCAUAACAUAAUUUUAAUACCAAUAAUUUUUUCCAUCUAAUCUCACACUAAUCUCUUAAAGGAAAUUAUCUUUAUUGGUAGUCAUUACAAAAAUAAACAAAUUACAAAAAUCUCUAAUUACAAAAUUGAUGAAAAUUUAAAAUUGUAAUGCGAAUAUGAAACUCAAAAAAAUUAAUACCAAAAAUUAUUAUGCGAAUCAAGAAAAAAUUCGAAGAAAUCAAUACUAAAAAUUGGGCUGUGGAGCUGUACGGACAUUGUUUGAAGAACAAAUGUAUAAUAUAAAAUAAAAAAAUGAUGUAUAAUGAAUAAAAAUGUUUGAAGUAAAAUAAAAUAAGGAAAAUUUUAAUGAAGGAUUUUGAAAACUAGGGUGAACUUUUGAGAAGACUAAUUUGGUACGUCGUAUUACAUCAGUUUAUAUUAUACAGUAUAAUACAAUAUAAUACAAUACAAUUUAAUACAAACAAGAGCAUCUCUUAGUAUAAAAAUAGAAACACAUGUCACCAAAGCUAACUAGCUGUAUUUGACGUUUUACCAGCUAGAUCUGAGUCAGGACUCAGGAGCCCACAGUUUAGACUAGAUAGAGCACAACUUGUAUUGUAUAAACUAAAAAAGUUCAUGGAAUGAGAAAGAGGAAAUACAUAAAUGAAUAACAUAAAUGGAAAGAUAAAAAUAAUAAUACAAUAAAUAAUACAUAACUCCUACCUCCUUUUAACUUUGAUAGGCCAGGACCACCAGCCAUGGCCAACCAGAUUGACGGCUUCAACUUCGAGCAGAGGCACGGCAAAGCCAGGGUCAGAGUCGCCAGAGUAUGGAGGAACAUAGACGGACGCCAAUCCAUCGUCGAAUGGAACGUCAGCAUUAGCCUCCUCUCCAAUUGCUCCGCCUCCUAUGUUAACGACGACAACUCCGAUAUCGUCGCCACUGAUACCAUGAAGAACACCGUGUAUGCAAAAGCUAAGGAAUGUACAGAGCAACUCUCAGUGGAGAACUUUGCAAUUGAACUGGGUAAACACUUCACAUCAUAUUACCGGCAGGUACAUGCUGCCAUCGUUAAGAUAGUUGAAAAGCCUUGGGAGCGUAUCUCUGUAGAUGGUCAACCCCAUGAACAUGGUUUUAAGCUUGGGUCUGAGAGGCAUACAACAGAGGUAGUAGUGCAGAAGUCUGGCAUGCUAAAGUUGACAUCUGGAGUUGAAGGUUUGGCUGUACUUAAGACAACAAAGUCUGGUUUUGAGGGAUUCAUCAGGGAUAAAUACACAAUUCUUCCCGAAACACGAGAAAGGAUACUAGCAACAGAGGUAACUGGAACGUGGAGGUACUCAUAUGAAUCUGUCUCCAGCAUUCCUCAGAAUCUACUGUACUUUACUCAGAGAUACAUGGACGUGAAAAAAGUAUUGACUGACACUUUUUUUGGUCCUCCAAAAGAGGGAGUCUAUAGCCCAUCUGUUCAGAGCACUCUUUUUCAAAUGGCAAAGACUGUUCUUAACAGGAUUCCUGACGUAACGUCCGUGCAACUCAAAAUGCCGAAUCUUCAUUUCUUACCUGUUAACCUGUCGAACAAGAAUAACAGUAUAGUGAAGUUCGAAGACGAUGUUUACUUACCAACAGAUGAACCACAUGGAUCAAUUGAAGCCAGCCUAAGCCGAUACUGGUCCAAACUGUAGUGGCUUACCCUGGUAUGCUGGAGUGCACACUCGUUCAUCCUCACUUCUGGGAAAUGAAAUUUUCAUUUUCUUCAACACUGUCGAACCCAAAAUGUAAGUAUAGUUAAUAAAAGAGAUCACAAACUCAACUUGAAUAAACCUGGAUUACGUAUCUUGGUAAGUUUUAUAUGAACUUGUAACAUGUUUGAAUUGUAAUCUAGUGAGUGUUGGUAUGAACACAUGGAGAAUCUGUUUUUGAAGUGUUGUAAAAUAAAUAAUUUGUUUAAAGUAUUUACUAGUGCUGCAUAGAAACAAUUAUAAUGUAAUUUGUUGCAAAAAAAAUAUAUAUAUAAAUAAAUAAAUCUAAGCAGACUUAACAACGAGAGUAAAAUGUGGUCCAAAGAAGUUUAAAUAGGAUUACAGCAUAAUUGACUUGAACAAAUGAAAAUCUCAUUCUGAUUCAAUUUGCGCACAAGUAUGAAGAAAACAAUUCCUCUUAAACUCCACAAACAAGUUCUGCAAGAUACUUGUAAUCCUUGAUAAGACUUAUCUUCAAGUUUCUAAGACAUUCUUUCAAUGUCAUGAAGAAGAGUAAGAUGUAGAGCUGGGUAAAAUCAUCUUAUCUCAUGGACAAAUACUCCCCAGUCCCCACUAUCCCAAAACACACUAGAACAACUGAGUUACGCCUAAUUGUUCUUAAGAUUAUCAUGGCUCAUAGGCAAACAUUUUGUCCAGAAAUAAAAACUCCACCAUUGCUACAUUUUUACUUUCACGUUGACUCCAUUCUUUACGUUAAGCACAGAAUUUCAGCACAGUUGCAUGACUUCUCCUCAGAACUGGAUAAGCUGAGUAAGUACUAUGGGUGUAUGCAUCAUGGAAAUAUCUCUUAAAAAGUAGAUUACUAUGGGUGCAUGCAUGGAAAGAGUUUUUCAUGUGACAAUAACCGCGAUACAAUUAAGAAGAGUUUCUCAAGUUCUUCAAAAUUAACAGAACUAAUCAUCCUGAAAAGUAUUAGUUUGUUCAAUGUGCCAAAGUCAUAUUGCCACAUUGAACAAAAAGAGGAAGGUGAUGAAAUUUCAUAAAGAGAUUGUUAGUUUUGGAGGAGUUGCAAAGAAAAAAAAAACAUAAUAGAGCUCCUUUUCAUUAACGUAGCAGCACAGAAACGUGAGGGCUUCAACUGUUUAGUUUGGGCUUAAUGCCCAUUAUUGGUCCAAGCCCAACAAAAGAUGUAUAACUUUCUUUCUUUGUUUCUUCUUUUUCUUGCUGAAUGUAAAAGUAAGCUUAAUAAAUUAAUAAUAAUUAUGAAAUGAUCUCCGUCCCUCUGUUCCGCUACGCACUCUCUCGCCAUGGAUUCGCAAGAAAAUCUUCAACCCAUUAACAGACCAGAGCGAAAUCAAAAUCCCAAUUCAAAGACUUAUCUUUUGGUUUCAAUCCUUAUACUCUUCGUAGCAAUCUCCUUCACUUUUACCAAAACUGACUACUACAAAAUUCAACUCCUCAGACAUAAAUUCUCAUCACACUCCAAUAUUUUCCAAGCUUUUCUGGAGUUUCUUGCUCCAACUCAAAAGCCCAGAAAAACCCAAACUCCAAAACCCAUUUCUAAGCCUCCUUACUGUGUCCUAUGGAUGGCUCCUUUCCUUUCAGGUGGUGGGUACAGUUCAGAAAGUUGGUCAUAUAUCUUGGCCCUUCAUGAAAAUGUAAAAAGCCCACUUUUUAGAUUGGCCAUUGAGCAUCAUGGUGAUCUAGAAUCAUUGGAUUUUUGGGAGGGUUUACCAGUUUCUACCAAAAACUUGGCAGUUGAGCUUCACCAAACUGAAUGUACUAUGAGUGAAACUAUUGUGAUUUGUCAUAGUGAGCCUGGUGCUUGGUACCCUCCAUUGUUUGAAACUAUGCCGUGCCCACCAGGUGCUUACCAAAAUUUCAAGGCUGUGAUUGGUAGGACCAUGUUUGAGACUGACAGGGUGAACGCUGAACAUGUCAAUAGAUGUAACAAAAUGGAUUAUGUUUGGGUGCCUACGGAAUUUCAUGUAUCAACAUUUAUAGAAAGUGGGGUUGAUCCAUCUAAAGUUGUGAAGAUUGUUCAACCUAUUGAUGUGAAGUUCUUUGAUCCACUUGCGUAUAAGCCUUUAAAUCUAGAUUCUACAGGGCAUUUGGUUUUAGGAGCAAGAACCAAUAGUUUGAAUUCAAAGUUUGUUCUUUUGAGUGUCUUUAAGUGGGAGUAUAGGAAAGGAUGGGAUGUGUUGUUGAAGUCAUAUUUGGAGGAGUUUUCUGGCGCUGAUGGUGUUAGUUUGUAUCUUUUAACAAAUCCAUAUCACUCUGAUGGAGAUUUUGGGAAUAAGAUAGUGGACUUUGUUGAGAACUCUGAUAUAACAAAACCAGUUACUGGUUGGGCUCCUAUAUAUGUCAUAGACAACCACAUAGCUCAAACUGAUUUGCCUCGGCUCUACAAGGCAGCCGACGCCUUUGUUCUUCCAUCAAGAGGAGAAGGGUGGGGAAGACCCAUUGUGGAAGCCAUGGCAAUGUCCUUGCCAGUAAUAGCUACCAAUUGGUCCGGGCCAACUGAGUUUUUGACAGAAGAAAAUAGCUAUCCAUUGGCAUUUGAUAGAAUGAAUGAAGUAACUGAGGGACCUUUUAGAGGGCACCUUUGGGCAGAACCUUCUGUUAGUGAGCUUCGUGUUUUGAUUAGGCAUGUGAUGAACAACAUGGAUGAAGCCAAGGCAAGAGGCAAAAAAGCAAGGGAAGACAUGAUUAGAAGGUUCUCCCCAGAGAUUGUUGCCAAUAUCCUUGCUGAUGCUAUACAAAAUAUACUUGAGAAGUCCAAUGAUUAGCCCCAUUUUUUCUUUAUUAUUUUAUGUUUUCAUUUGUGAGACACUCCUCUAAAAGACCUACACAAAGUAAUGCCACCUUUUUAUGAAAUGCAUCUGUGAAUUUACCAAAGCUUUCUAUGAAAUGUGGGUUUAUUAAUCUGCA